AUGUCGUACGGGCGAGUCAACGUCUCGAACUAUCUGCGCAACCUUAACGUCCAGGAGCCGGUGGUUGAGGAGACGUACAUCACAGAUGAGGACCUUGCCAAGGACCUGGCUCUUUUCACCAAUACUCAGUUCUUCGAUUUCGACUCUGGUCAGCACACCGACUACCAGGCGCCGCCCGUUAAACCCGAGGUGACAACCACGCAGUCGCCGAUUACUGAGGAGAAUGUUACGCCUACUGAUCCUCUGCUGAGCGAUUUCUCCGGCCAGUUCGACUUCAGCUUGCCUGCUGAUGUUGUCAUUUCCCUUCAAUUCACCAUCACUCUCAUCAUAUCCCCUAUUCCCGUUUCCGUACACUCUCAUUGCAACGGCCGCUCGAAGCGAGUGCAUCGUCGCGGCACCGGCAUUUCACGCAAGACGGCUACAUCAAAACUACACGACAUGACGGGAUCACGGCCAGCGUGA